AUGGCACCAGCACGGGUGGUGCGGGGGCCAAAAGAACCAGACUGCAUCGCCCCCAUGGGCAUGGAUCUUUUUCAUCUUGAUGUCACCGGCGUUUAUUUUUACUCCUCCCGCGUCGACUUGGCCGCAGCGCUGCCUAAACAAGAGGCAGCGGGUGGGGGAAAGAAUGAAGAAGAAGAAGACUGGAAGAAGACGACCAAAAAAAAGAAAGGCCGACAGGUAAAGUUCAACGUUGCAAUCCCGACGGCAUCCCGGCCCCUUGCCCACGCCAGGCAGAAAGAAGCAGAAGCAGAAGCAGAAGCAGAAGCAGCGCCCGCACGCAUCGUCCAGGGGCCCCACGACGUGCUCUGCUGGGCAGCCAAUAUUCGCCGCAGGUUCCAGACGUUCCAGCCUGUUCGCGCUCACCGAGACAACCAACAGCCACCGCUUUCGCUGCCUGCCUAG